GCUCUGCCACCGCCAUGGAUGCCUCAGCCAGUCUGAAAUCGCUGCUCUUAGCUGCAUCUCAGUACCGAGCUGCGCGUACGCAGUCCAACGCAGCGCAGUUACAGCGGAGCUUGGAGGGUAUUUCAGGAUUGAAGUUAACAAAAUUGUUUGCAUCAAACCAAACUUUACCAAGUGAAUGUCUCAGCUGUUUGGUAGAACUCAUUGAUGAUCCAAAUACAAGUUCUCAGUUAACUCUGGCUGUGAUUGGUUUGCUUUCUCAAUUAGUUUCAGACAAUGAAACCAGAGAAGCCCUUCAGAAUACUUACAAUCUCAGUAGCAUUCUAGCAAAUGUGGUUCAUCGGAGUUCUGUCAGUCCCAUUGAUCCAGUGUUACUACCAAGUAUUCAGUUGCUACAGAAAUUAACCUACAAUGUUAGAGUAUUCCAUGCCAGUGCUAACAUUGAUGAAUUAAUUUUAUUCCUUAUGCACCGCAUUCAGUCCACAGAAGAUGAGCUAACUAUACCAUGCCUGGGACUUAUGGCAAAUCUGUGUCGGCAUAAUUUAUCCAUUCAAGCCCACAUCAAAUCAUUGACCAAUGUGAAAGGAUUCUAUCGCACACUGAUCAGUUUCUUGGCUCACAGUAGUUUAACCAUGGUUGUCUUCGCACUUUCAAUAUUAUCAAGCCUUACACUAAAUGAAGAAGUUGGAGAAAAGCUUUUUCAUUCCAGAAAUAUUCAUCAGACUUUCCAGUUGAUAUUCAACAUUCUUGUGAAUGGAGAUGGAACACUGACAAGGAAGUAUUCUGUUGAUCUGCUAAUGGAUCUUCUGAAAAACCUUAAGAUUGCAGACUAUCUUACAAAGUAUGAACAUUUUAGAUCAUGCCUCAAUCAGGUAUUGGGCCUCCUUCACGGAAGAGACCCCGAUUCUUCAGCAAAGGUAUUGGAGUUACUUCUUGCUUUCUGUUCAGUACCAGAACUCCGUCGUGUCUUGUGUCAAGCAAUAUUGGAACCAAAUAUGGCAGGCUAUGGAAGCACACGACUUGCAUCUCGAUCUAAACCUUCGGAGCCAUAUGUUCUCCUAGUGCAUUGGUCAAAUCAGCCAUUGGAAGCACCUGAAAACUGCUCAACUCUGGCCUUGGAGCUGUUCAGGGAGAUAUUUGAGGAUGUUAUUGAUACAGGCCAAUGUGCUACUGCUGAACGCUUUGUGGAUCUUAUUUUGCCUGUCCUUCUCGACCAUCUUUAUGUUCCGGAUCACUCGCUAGAAGACCUGUUGCUAAAGAAGAAAUGUGAAAAAAUGAUGAAGGCCAUUGACAUCUUGAUAACGCUUUGUGCAGAUGACAUAUUAAAAACACAUGUCACAAAGGUUCUAACAGCUAGCAAAUGCACAUACUUAAUAGAAUACCAGUUUACCUGCAGUGGAAUUGACUUUGGCUUUGGGGCGAAGUUAAUGGACUCUGAAUUGAGCAAGCUUGCUGCUGAACUAAUAUUAAAAACACUGGAUCUUAUGAGCAAACUUAAGCAACAAGUUCCUAGCAUGGAAGUCAGCUUUUACAAAGUUCUUCAGGACCAGCGUUUGGUUACACCUUUGGCUUUUGCUUUAACAUCAGACCACAGAGAGCAAGUGCAAGCUGGACUUAGAAUACUUUUUGAAGCGGCUCCACUACCAGAUUUUCCUGCCAUAGUGCUUGGUGAAAGCAUUGCAGCCAAUAAUUCUUACAGACAUCAGGAAGUGGAGCAUGUAUCUAAAAGGAACCACAUGCAGGCAACUAUGACUUGCGUUAAUUCACUGAAGAGUUCUGUUGUUUGCUCUCCAAAUGAGGAUGCUGCAACUUUCAACAUUCAGGACCUGAUACAGAAGCUUCAGUCUGGCAUGGAGAUGAAGGAAUCAGUAACAGAUGUGAGGAUAUCUGAAAUAAUGGAUGUGUAUGAGCAGAAACUAUCUGCAUUAGCAUCCAAAGAAACUAGAUUGCAAGACCUUUUGGAAGCAAAGGCGUUAGCUCUUGCUCAGGCUGACAGACUCAUUACCCAGUAUCGUUGUCAGCGAGUCCAAGCUGAGUCAGAGGCUAGAACCCUGGCUUCUAUGUUGAAGGAUGCCGAACGCAAAAAUGAAGAUCUUGAAGCAUUAUUGAAGGCGCAGCAAGUAGAAUCUGAACGGGCCCAGAGUGAUAUUGAACAACUGUUUCAACACAAUAGGAAGCUGCAAAAUAUAGCUGAAGAACACGAAAUACUUAAAAGAUCUUCUGUUGACCUUCUUCAAAAGCAUGAAAGCACUGAAAGACAAUAUAAAGAUCUGCAGGUGACCUGUAAUUCUCUUAAUAAACAGCUAGAGACUAUUAAAAGACAGAAUGAAUCUCUCAAGCAACAGAAUGACAGAACUGUAUCUCAACUGCUGGAAACAGAAGAGCACAGAAAAGAAUUGCACAAACAGCUACAAGAGAAAGAUGGAAAAAUAUCAAGUUUGCAACAAAAGGUAAAAGUUCAGGAAGAAAAACUGAAAGCAAGGGAGAAGGAAAAAACUGAUAUGGAAGAGACCAUUGACAUCCUUAGAAAAGAAUUAAGUAAAACAGAACAAGCAAGAAAGGAACUGAGUAUAAAGGCAUCUUCCUUGGAAGUUCAGAAGACACAACUGGAAGGACGAUUGGAAGAAAAGGAGGCCUUAGUCAAACUCCAGCAAGAAGAGCUGAAUAAACAUUCUCAUAUGAUAGCCAUGAUACACAGUUUAAGUGGUGGUAAACUAAGUGCAGAGGCUGUCAACCUCAGUUUAUAAAACCUGAUUAUUUAGUACUAUAUUUCAUCCCAAAAGCCAAAUAAUGUAAGUCUUCAGUAUUAUGUAAAAGAAAUUCUAUUUUUGGUCAGUCUUGAAAAUUACUACUAUUGUAGUGCAGAUUGUGCCUUUUUACAAAAUACAGGACAGCUUCUUUGUUGUUGACACUAGUAUCCACCUGUAUCAGCUAUAGUGGGGACCUCAUCUUCCUGGCUUGAUAAGCAGUUUCGUAUUUUGAAAAGUAGCAGAUCUUUUUGGUGCGCAUCCUGUCAGUCAUAAUGGGACUUGUGUUGGGAUAAAUGAUGACCCGCUUUUAGGCUGACUUUUACAAGUAUGGGUUUUUAAAUAUAGUUUUAAAUGCUGUGGAUAUAGUAAUGUGUACAGUAGAAUUUGGCCACCUGAAGGAAAAAUAUACCAAACUGCAUGAUACCGAGAUACGAAUUUUUAAAUAUUGUACAGAUAUUAAAUCACUACACUAUGUAUUACAUUAAUUGAGCCAUUAGAAGUGUCCUAGCAUAUUAAGCUGUUAAUGUCUAAAGUCAGAAACCAGAAAAAUACAUAUGUAUAGUUGGCUUAUUAUUUUUAUUUCCAUGUUAUAUACUGUUUUUCAUUUUAGCUAUCUGAAAAUAUCUCUCUUAUCUGGAGCUGUCAGUGCUGCCAUUUCUUUAUUGUGUCAAGCUUCAUAUAGUCACUUUUGAAUUUUCAUUAUAUAAUUGUAUUUCCCACACUUAAAUGUAGAGAUAAUUUAUACACUUUUAACCACUGAAUAUUUAAUAAACCACCUCUGAAUAUUAGAGUAAUGAACUUUAAAUGUAUGUUCUCAAAGUUAACUUUGACUAUAAAGGCAAAAGCAUGCAUUUAUUUAAAGUACAAUAUCCCUGUAUUCCCAUGUGUAUUUUAUUUCUUUUAAAAAAUCUGUCAGUGUUUGGAGACACUAAAAUUUUGAAGCUCUCUUAAUCCUAAUUUCACUUAUUACGCUGAUGUUAAGAUACAACAUCAAUAAAUACCUUAGCUUUCCCUUUAGUUCCUAUGUCUUAAUCUUUUGCUUUAGCGAUUUGGGCUUAAAUUGGUUACAUUUUACAAAACUUCCAACUUCUGCUCAGUAGUAGCAGUUUUUAAUGAAACUGUUUUUAAUCAAGCCAGUUUUUAAUGAAAUACUAGCUUUUAACUUUUUAAUGAAAUAGUUAUUCAUAGAUGACUCUUCAUAAUUUUUUUCUAGAUAUCGUUUGUCUCUGUGAAGGGAAAUAAAAAAAAUUGAUUCCACAUUUGUGUGUUAACGUAUUUUAUACAGCACAGGGGCUUGGAUCACAAAUUCACCUACUUGUCUUUAAAAAGAAAUUACCUCACUUAAGUGUACUGUACUGAUA